CAUAGCAACUCAUCUCUCUUCCUCUCUUAAAAUUUUCUAAGGGAAGAUGGUUAAACUUUUUCCUCUUCACAUUAUUGCUAAGCUUUGUAUUAUCACUUUCUUACUACUUGUUUUAGCAAAGCCAAAUGCAGCUAAGAGUGUAGUAAACUUCGGGGCAAGGCCCGAUGGGCGAACGGACUCAACCCAAGCCUUCCAGAAGGCGUGGGCUUGGGCUUGUAGAUCGGUGAAGCCCGUCACACUUCAUGUACCACGUGGGAGAUUUGUGGUCCGGCCCAUGUACUUUAGUGGCCCGUGUAGGAAGCAGGUCACGUUAAGGAUUAAGGGUACAAUUAUCGGCCCAUCAGAUUACCGCGUAUUGGCCCGCUCUAACGUGUGGCUUCAGUUUUACAACAUUAACGGGCUUAUUAUUAAUGGGGGUACCCUUGAUGCUAGGGGUCACUCGUUUUGGGCAUGCAGACGUGGUUAUGGGUAUUGUUACAACGGAGCACAGUCCAUAUCAUUUGUCUCGUGCAAGAACGUAGUUGUGAGUGGACUAAAAUCAAUCAACAGCCAGAAAAGCCAUAUGAGCGUAAAGGGAUGCAACAACGUAGCCCUAAACUACCUGACACUUAGAGCUCCAAGCGGAAGUCCUAAUACUGAUGGCAUCAAUGUUCAACACACGGAUCGUCUUACCAUAUAUGGUUCGAUAAUUAAAACGGGAGAUGAUUGUAUUGCCCUCGGACCUGGCACCCAGAAUACUGUCAUCAAUAAAAUUGCUUGUGGCCCUGGCCAUGGUAUUAGCAUUGGUAGCAUGGGAAACAGCCUACGAGAAGAUGGAGUACAAAAUGUAGUAGUUUCAAAUGUAGGGUUUUGGAAGACAACGAAUGGUGUAAGAAUCAAGUCAUGGGCUAGACCUAGUAACAGCUUUGUCCGUGGCAUCACAUUUCGCAAUCUCGUCAUGUACAAUGUUUUUAAUCCCAUCCUCAUUGACCAAAAGUAUUGUCCUAGUAACAAAUGCCCUCAUCAGAAUUCCGGAGUGAAGAUUAGUAAUGUGAAGUAUAUAAAUGUGAAAGGUACAUCCAAAACCAAAGAAGCAAUAAGAUUUACUUGUAGUCCAAGUAAUCCAUGCAAAGGGAUCAAAUUGGAAGAUAUCAAGUUAAGUUUUGGGAGUAAAGCUGCGAUAUCAUCUUGCAGCUAUGCUCAUGGAAGUAGUCGCGGCAAAGUUAGUCCUCGAAGUUGCUUUUAGUACUCAUUUCUUAUGAGUCGAUCGAUUUAUCCCCCAUUGAUAUAUAAAGAAAAGGAAGCUCUAUAUUUUAAGCUUCUUCAUUAAACUUGUAUGUACACACUUCAAUGAAUGAUGGCUUAUGAAUGAUUUAGUUAUUUAAGUGUAGAAAAACGGCCUGACACUGUUGUUCAUUACACACGUAUACGUAGUACUGUUUAUGCUUGUAUUGUAUCAUCAAUAGUAUACAUCUUUCUCUUUUUGGGA